AUGGCAGCCACAGCGGUUUUAGGCGAUGGGGUCCCUUCGGGGGGCUCCAGCGGGCGGCUGAACCCGGUGGAGACGCUGCAGGAGGAAGCCAUUUGCGCCAUCUGCUUGGACUAUUUUGUGGACCCCGUUUCCAUCGGUUGCGGGCACAAUUUUUGCCGCGUCUGCAUCUCGCAGCUGUGGGGUGGCGAGGCCGAGUACGAGGUGGCCCCCGGGGCCACGGCGGUGGGCGGCGGAGAGGUGGGGAUGGGCGACGUGCUGGAAGAGGAUCUGGAGGAUGAGGAGGAUGAGCUGGAUGAGGACGAGCUGGAUGUGGAGCAGGAGGAAGAGGAGGAGGAUGGCGGCGCGGAGGAGGAGGAAGACGACAUGUGGAGCGAGGAAGAAGACGACGCCGACCUGUGGGAAGAUCCCGUGGAGGAGGACAUGUGGGACGGUGGGGUCGGGGGAGAGCUUUACUUUGGGGACGAGGACUAUGACGAGGACGUGAUGGAGGAAGACGUGGAGGAAGAGGAGGAGGUGGAAGAGGAGGAAGAAGAGGUGCAGACCCCUCCUCCCCCUGUCCUGGCCACGCGGCCUCGACGCCUCCAGACCUUCACCUGCCCGCAAUGCCGAAAAACCUUUUUCCAGAGGAAUUUCCGACCCAACCUGCAGCUGGCCAACAUGGUGCAAAUCAUCCGCCAGCUGCACCCGCACCCCCAGCGCCUCGCGCCGCCCGCCGCCGGUCCCUCGGUUUCGGGAGCCGCGGUGGGGGUCCCGGGGGUCCUGGUAGCGGUGGGGGGUCAGGGGCCACCGAAUCUGUGCGAGAAGCACCAGGAACCCCUCAAACUCUUCUGCGAGGUGGACGAACAAGCCAUCUGCGUGGUGUGCAGGGAGUCGCGGAGCCACAAGCAUCACAGCGUCGUCCCUCUCGAGGAGGUCGUGCAGGAUUACAAGAACAAACUCCAGAGCCACCUGGAGCCACUGAAGAAGAAGCUGGACGCGGUCCUGAAGCAGAAAUCCAAUGAGGAGGAGAAGAUCACGGAGCUGAGGGACAAGAUGAAGCUGGAGAUCAAGGAAUUCGAGUCGGACUUCGAGGUGCUGCACCAGUUCCUCAUCGGGGAGCAGGUCCUGCUCUUACACCAGCUGGAGGAACGCUACGAGAGCUUGCUGGCCCGUCAGAGCAGCAACAUCAGCCAGCUGGAAGAGCAGAGCGCUGCCCUCAGCCGGCUCAUCGCCGAGGCGGAGGACAAGAGCAAACAGGACGGGCUGCAACUGCUCAAGGACAUCAAAGGCACUUUUAUCAGAUGCGAGAACAUAAAAUUCCAGGAGCCCGAGAUGGUGCCGGUGGACGUGGGGAAAAAAUACCGCAACUACUUUCUGCAGGACGUGGUGAUGAGGAAGAUGGAGAAAGUCUUCAGUAAAGUCCCUCAAGCCGACAUCACCCUGGACCCCGACACGGCCCACCCGCGCCUCAGCCUCUCCCUGGACCGACGCAGCGUCAAGCUGGGCGAGCGCCGGCAGGAUCUGCCGGACAACCCCAAACGUUUCGAUUCGGAUUAUUGCGUGCUGGGUUCCCAGGGUUUCACCACCGGCCGUCACUACUGGGAGGUCGAGGUGGGAGGCCGACGAGGUUGGGCGGUGGGCGCGGCCCGCGAAACGGCUCGUCGCAAAGAGAAAACCGUGGGUCCUCACCAAAAACGAGAAAUUUGGUGCGUGGGCACCAACGGGAAGAAAUACCAGGCGUUGACGGCCACGGAGCAGACGGCCCUGUCGCCCAGCGAACGGCCCCGGCGCUUCGGCGUCUACCUGGACUACGAGCGGGGCCAACUCUGCUUCUACAACGCCGAGAGCAUGACCCACAUCCACACCUUCAACGCCUCCUUCCACGAGCGCAUCUUCCCCUUCUUUCGCAUCUUAGCCAAGGGCACCCGCAUCAAAAUCUGUGCCUGA